AUGAUAUGGUACCAUAGCCUACCUCCUAAUUCUAUUGACUCAUUCGCUAUACUUGCAGAUUCCUUCAUAAAAGCACACGCCGGGACUAUCAAGGUCGAGAGCAAAAAGUUAGAUCAUUUCAAAGUAAAACAAAGGGAUAAUGAGAUGCUCCGAGUCGACGAUGAUCAACUUGGGGCCCCUUCGGGGUCCGUUUAUCCCGUCAAGGCCGUCGAUAUAGCCAAGAGAGACAUUGAUUGUGAACUGAGAUCAAGCAGGGAUAGUUAUCAACCAUAUAAUGGGGAGCAUAGAGGUAACGGAUCCGGGAGAAACCCCAUAAGAAGUGAAAGGAGAAGUGAUCGAGGUCAAAGCAACCAGAGACUCAUGGGCGAAAAUGGUUUCGACAGGCCUAUCGUGCCUAAGGAAGCAUCGAGGUUACCAGAAUACAACUUUAAUGUCGACGUUGCCGCCAUUGUAUCUGCCAUCGGACGCAUCAAGGACACCAAAUGGCCUCGACCUCUACAAUCUGAUCCAACCCAAAGGGAUCUUAACCAGAUGUGCAAAUAUCAUGGCACCCACGGCCAUAAAAAAGAGGAUUGCCGACAGUUGAGAGAGGAAGUAGCCCGGUUAUUUAAUAAUGGGCAUCUUCGAGAAUUCCUGAGCGACCAAGCUAAGAAUCAUUUUAGGAAUAGGGAUUCUAAUAAACAGGCCAAACAGGAAGAACCACAACACGUCAUUAACAUGUUCAUCGGUGGAGUCGACGUUCCUCAAGGGCCGAUGUUGAAGCGCACCAAAGUAUCCAUCACGAGGGAAAAAUAA